CCCCUGGAGGGUGGGAGUGCAGAGAGUGAACCGACGCGAGAUGAGCACGAUGUUCGCAGACACGCUGCUCAUCGUUUUUAUCUCCGUGUGCACGGCUCUGCUUGCCGAAGGUAUAACUUGGGUCCUAGUGUACAGGACAGACAAGUACAAGAGACUGAAGGCAGAAGUGGAAAAACAGAGUAAAAAAUUGGAAAAGAAGAAGGAAACAAUAACAGAGUCAGCUGGUCGACAACAAAAAAAGAAAAUCGAGCGGCAAGAAGAGAAACUGAAGAAUAACAACAGAGAUCUGUCAAUGGUUCGAAUGAAAUCCAUGUUUGCAAUUGACUUUUGUUUUACUGCCUUAAUGGGAAUGUUUAAUUCCAUAUUUGAUGGCAGAGUGGUGGCAAAGCUCCCUUUCACCCCCCUGUCCUAUAUCCAAGGACUGUCUCUCCGAAAUCUGCUUGGGGAUGACACCACAGACUGUUCCUUCAUCUUCCUGUAUAUUCUCUGUACCAUGUCAAUUCGACAGAACAUCCAGAAGAUUCUUGGCCUUGCCCCUUCGCGAGCUGCCACCAAGCAGGCAGGUGGAUUUCUUGGCCCUCCACCUCCUUCUGGGAAGUUUUCUUGAAAUCAAGAAGAACCCUAUAUUUCUGUCAUUCUUUUCAGAUAUUCAAAUCAGACCCAGCAACUAUUUUACAGCAAGAGCCAUAGGCAGCCUUAGCACUUGGGCUAAUUUCUAGAUUUGAGUUAUUUUUAGGCUUUUGGGGGGGUAUAAUUUGAAUAAGAACGGUACCUAACAAACGUGAUGGUGCUUUUGGUUACAGACUAAUUUUUU